AUGGUUAAAAAAAAUGAUCAAUUUUUGAAUGAUUUAAAUUUAAACUUUGGUGAUGUUUUAAGACACCGUUGGAGGUUAACUGGAACACGCCUCGGAGCAGGAGUAUUUGGUUCAGUUUACGAAGUUGAAGAUAUGAAAGAAAAAGGUGAACUUGCUGCUAUGAAAAUUGAGAAAAAUGUUGAUGAAGAUAAUUCAUUAUUAAAAAUUGAAGCAAAAGCGCUACAAGCUAUUUCUACUAUUGAUGGAAUGGUGCAUUAUCUUGAUGGAUAUAAAAAAAAAAAUUUUCAAUAUAUUGUUAUAACAUUAUGUGGUCCUGAUUUAAUGAGAUUAAAAGUAAUUGAAGGUAUUAAUAAAUUUAAAGAUAAAAGACUAAAAAAAAGAUAUAGUGAAGAGACAAGUUUACGUAUAGGUAUAUUAGCAUUAUAUCAAAUUAAAAAACUCCAUGAAGUUGGUUUUAUUCACAGAGAUUUAAAACCAGGAAACAUGACUGUUUGUGCAGAUAAUGCUCCAUUUCGGCAUAUUUAUGUAAUUGAUUUUGGUAUGGUUAGAAGAUAUGUUACAAGACAGACUGAUAGUGUUAUAUUAAAAUUAAAAGAAGAUGAUAGUAAUACUAAUAAAGAUUAUAUGCGUCAACCAAGAGAUGGUUGUUUGUUACGUGGUACUACAAAAUACUGUUCUAUUGAUGUUCAGUUAAGAAAAGAACAAGGAAGAGUAGAUGAUUUAUGGUCGUUAUUAUAUUCAUUAAUUGAAUUUCAAGUUGGUUUACCUUGGGGUCAAGAAAGAGAUCAAAUAACAAUAUUAAAAAUGAAACAAAAUACAUCAGAUGAAGUUUUAUAUAAAAAUUGUCCACAAGAAUAUAUUUCUAUUGCAAAUCAUCUUAAAACAUUGACAUAUUAUGAUAAACCAAAAUAUAAUGAAAUAUAUAAAUUGUUAUGUCAAGGAUUAAUACGUUGUGGUAAUGUAACUUUUCUCGAUCCAAUGGAUUGGGAAGAUGAAAAUGAAGUGCAAGAAGAAAUUACUAAAUUAGUAAGUGAUAAAAAAAUUGACAUUAAUACGCCUAGAAAUGAAGAAUUAUGUAUAAAAUUAUAUCCAUGUUUUGAUCCAAAACAUUUUGCUUAA